ACUCGGAAGCAAUAUGGCAAUCGGCAGCGUUGCAUUCAAGUACAGCAGGAAACUGGGAGUCGCCCCACGACUGUGCUGGGACAGUGACGUCCUUCAUAGUGCCUUUGUCCCGAGCGGACGAAUCCCCCUGCCAGGAGGACUUUCCAACACACGCCUUGACACAACUCCAGAGUUGUGGCUCGGCUGCCGCAGAUUCGGUUCGGUGCCACCGAGCACUGAUGUGACUUACGAGCAGUUGAAGAAGCUCUUGGCCGGUAGCAAGUCAGUCGUUAUAGACGUCAGAGAGCCAUGGGAGCUCCGAGAAUACGGCGCCAUCCCCGGCGCAAUCAACAUCCCUUCUGAACUCGAACCACCAAUAGGUUCACGACCCCAUUUUGGGGUCUCGACCCACCAGUUGAGAAUCAUUGAGAAUAUCAUCUAUAUACUCACAUUUGCAGUGGGGCAGGUGAACACCGCUCUGCAGCUAGGUCCGGAAGAGUUCAAUGAGAAGUAUGGUGGAGAGCUGCCCCAGCAGGUAGACAACAUUGUGUUCACCUGCCUGGCAGGCAUCAGGAGCAAGACUGCACUUGACAUGGCUUCCGAACUGGGAUACAAAGAAGUUCAGCAUUACCCGGGUGGAUGGCAAGACUGGGCAAAAAAUGAUCAAAACUGAAGGUUUAGCAAAAACUCAAGCUUUUUAAAAUUGUUUUCUUACACCUGACUUAUCUGUAAUUAAAUAUUUAAUAAGAGUUCCUGUAAAUUGUAAAAUAUUUUUUUGUUUUGACUGUGAAUCCCAAAACGUAUCAGAAUUAUUGGCUAAACAUGCAUCAGCUUGUUUACCAGUACUACUACAAAAAUACUUGAAAUAUUUGCAAAUUUAGUUUGCUCUAUAAUUAUUGACAAACCCUUUACUACCUGUAACAUUUAAGACUGCUGAUUAUUAUAGACUAUGGCAAAUAUGCCAAUGUUUUAUUAUUACCCUGUCGCUUUAAUUAAUGCAUGGUAUUUAAACAAGUUUAAAGUUUAUUAUUGAAUGUUGUGAAUAAUUAUACAUUUCAAGUUGAUGUAAAUAUGUUGUAUUGUUAAAUGCAACUUUCCAUACAAUGUUUGUAAACCUCUGAAUGAGUUUUUCUCUCUUUUCAGUCCCACUGUCCUAUAUAUUUGAUUGAGUUUGUUCAUUAAAGAAAAAAAAAACAUGGAAUUUGUUCAGAUGACACAUUCUGCGAACUGAGAUGAUUGUAUUCAGUUUUAAUGGUCACUAUCACCAACCUUCGAUGGAAUAUCAACAGAUUCCUCUAUCAGCUGUGUCAGUAAUUGUUUGACGAGGGACCUUGUUUUCUUUUCAGUAAAAUGUAGCAGCAAGUUGAAAGUCAAUAGAUAUAUAUGAAAAAUCGCACUCACUGUUGUUCAAUUUCAUAAUUUAAUAUCUAUAGUCGGCGGCACGGUGGCCGACUGGUUAGAGCGUCAGCCUCACAGUUCUGAGGUGCGGGGUUCAAUCCCCGUCCCCGCCUGUGUGGAGUUUGCAUGUUCUCCCCGUGCCUGCGUGGGUUUUCUCCGGGCACUCCGGUUUCCUCCCACAUCCCAAAAACAUGCAUGAAUUGGAGACUCUAAAUUGCCCGUAGGCAUGACUGCGAGUGCGAAUGGUUGUUUGUUCCUAUGUGCCCUGCGAUUGGCUGGCAACCAGUUCAGGGUGUACCCCGCCUCCUGCCCGAUGACAGCUGGGAUAGGCUCCAGCACCCCCGCGACCCUAGUGAGGAGAAGCGGCUCAGAAAAUGGAUGGAUGGAAUAUCUAUAGUCAAUUCCCAGUGAAAGUAAUAGAUUAUGCCAACGUUGAUUCAAAGAAACUGAUCUCCGCCUGUCCACAUGCAUCAGUAAAGACUCAAUGUUUUUGUCAAUGUCAAUUGCCAUUUUCAUGAUUUUUUUUUUCCCAAAUACUCAAAUCUUUUUUUUUUUUUUUGUAUUACCUUAAGGCAAUUCUUCAAAAUACGUUUCUCAGUGUGUGUGUGUGUGUGUGUGUAUAUAUACAAGUGGACAUUUCAGCCCACUUCUAACUUGAGAAAACUGAUUGCGUUAAGUUGCAGAUGUUUCUAUUGUUGUUUUGGCAGUGGAUAUGGCAACAUUAGCACUAUGGUGUCGCACACACGUCUGUUCAGCAAGCAGCUUCUUCAUGAAGUCAUUUAAACGGAUAAAGCAAAUGUUUCUGUAGGGCCCAAUGUAUGUGUUUUUGGGCAGUUAAAAUUUUUAAUGGUGGCAGGUGUGUGUCAACUCCCAUAUAUUGUUUUUAAAAUUUUAUUUUAUGUUCAUGCUCUGCUUAAGAAUAAUAAUAAAAGUAAUAUUUACUUGUU